CGCUCCGCUCUCUUUCUUUGACCCUUAUACCAUACACAAUCGUCAACGUUCUUUUUUUACGUAGUACUCCGUAUUAAUGUAUAUCCCUCUCAAGACAGAGUCAAGAAAUUAAAGCCGAUAUAUAUGUAUAUAUAUGUUUCUCAUCUGAAAUAACUCACACCGGUCCUCGAUCAUUUCCAGUUCAUUAGUAAUUGAUUGUUCUUACAAUCUAACUCGUUAAGAUAAGUUCUGAUCUUGAUCUGACUGGUUGCGUAUAAUUCGUUACAACUUGCAAGCUAGAAGGAGUUUGUAUUUAAGGUGAGAAGAAACACGUAGAGAUCAUCAAAUCAAAGAAUGGGAAAUAGUUUAGGGGGGAAGAAAACAACUAAAGUGAUGAAAAUUGAUGGGCAAACGAUGAAAUUCAAGACUCCAGCAUACGCCGGCGAGAUCGUGAGGAAUUACCCGGGGCAUGUUUUACUAGAUUCCGAGGCCGUGAAGCACUUCGGCGUUCGGGCCAAGCCGCUUGAGCCGCAACAGGAGCUGCGGAGCAAGCGGCUCUAUUUCCUCGUGGAGAUACCAAAGGUCCCCGAGGAAAGAACCCCGAGGCGGGUCCGGUCCGGAACGAUUCAGAUGAGCGCCAAGGACCGGCUCGAGAGCCUAAUGCUGUCCCGAAGGUCGUCCUCGGAUCUGUCGUCGAUGAACCCAUCUGCUAGAUUUCCCGUCGAGGCCGAGAAGGCGGGAGCAUCCGAGAACGGUGGCGUGCGCCUCAAGCUCCGGCUCCCCAAGGUGGAGGUAGAGAAGCUGAUGAUGGAAUGUAAGGAUGAAGAGGAGGCCGCCGCAAAGCUCAUGCAGCUUUGCAUGGCCGGAAACGGCUCAGCUGAUAAAGAUGAUCACGUUCAAACGGCAGUCGCCGCCGGGUGUAGUAGUAGUGAUCAGGGAAGGAGUAUGAAAUGUUCUAAAUUGCGCGAGAAGAGGGUAGGAUUCUUGCCAAUGAACCAAGGAGAGAUCCACCAAUUAGCAGUGGCAUCUUAGCAAUAAUAGCAGAGUGUCAAGUAGUAUAGUAAUUAAAUAUUACAUUACAUACUAUAUGUUCAUAUGGAAAUUCUAUAAUCACCUAUCUACCUGCUCUGAUGUUUUGUUGUUUUUAAUCACCCUGUAAAUGUGCAAGCUAUGUCCAUAGAAAUCUCUGCGUGUAAAUGCAAGUUAUGAAUCCAUGCUCACAAUGCGAUUAUACCAUUUCGGUGAUUUUGUGAAUUCUGUGAGAUAAAAG